UCCUCGCCCGGCUGCGGCAGCGCUGCCCCCCCGGCCGGCGCGCCGCCGUCGAUCGCGGCUGCGUCAGGAGCCUCCCGGCGUAUAAGUAGGGGUGGCAGGACGGCGCCGAGCCGCACACAGCCCUCCGCCCUCCCCUCGCCCGCUCUCCCCCGCCGUCCUCUCUCCAGGCCCCCGCCGGCCGCCGCCAUGAGCUCCUUCGGCUACGAGCCGUACUACUCGACCUCCUACAAGCGGCGCUACGUGGAGGCGCCCCGGGUGCACAUCCCCGGCGUGCGCAGCGGCUACAGCACCGCGCGCUCCGCUUACUCCAGCUACUCGGCGCCCGCGUCCUCCUCGCUGUCCGUGCGCCGCAGCUACUCGUCCAGCUCCGGCUCUCUGAUGCCCAGCCUGGAGAACCUCGACCUGAGCCAGGUGGCCGCCAUCAGCAACGACCUCAAGUCGAUCCGCACGCAGGAGAAGGCGCAGCUCCAGGACCUCAACGAUCGCUUCGCCAGCUUCAUCGAGCGCGUGCACGAGCUGGAGCAGCAGAACAAGGUCCUGGAGGCCGAGCUGCUCGUGCUGCGCCAGAAGCACUCGGAGCCGUCCCGGUUCCGGGCGCUGUACGAGCAGGAGAUCCGCGACCUGCGCCUGGCGGCCGAGGACGCCACCACCGAGAAGCAGGCGCUGCAGGGCGAGCGCGAAGGGCUGGAGGAGACGCUGCGCAACCUGCAGGCGCGCUACGAAGAGGAGGUGCUGAGCCGCGAGGACGCCGAGGGCCGGCUCAUGGAGGCGCGCAAAGGCGCCGACGAGGCCGCGCUCGCCCGCGCCGAGCUCGAGAAGCGCAUCGAUAGCCUGAUGGACGAGAUCGCCUUCCUGAAGAAAGUGCACGAGGAGGAGAUCGCCGAGCUGCAGGCGCAGAUCCAGUACGCGCAGAUCUCCGUGGAGAUGGACGUGUCCACCAAGCCCGACCUCUCCGCCGCGCUCAAGGACAUCCGCGCGCAGUACGAGAAGCUGGCCGCCAAGAACAUGCAGAACGCCGAAGAGUGGUUCAAGAGCCGCUUCACGGUGCUGACCGAGAGCGCCGCCAAGAACACCGACGCCGUGCGCGCCGCCAAGGACGAGGUGUCGGAGAGCCGCCGCCUGCUCAAGGCCAAGACCCUGGAGAUCGAAGCCUGCCGGGGCAUGAACGAAGCGCUGGAGAAGCAGCUGCAGGAGCUGGAAGACAAGCAGAACGCCGACAUCAGUGCUAUGCAGGACACAAUCAACAAAUUAGAAAAUGAACUGAGAACCACAAAGAGUGAAAUGGCACGAUACCUAAAAGAAUACCAGGACCUCCUCAACGUGAAGAUGGCUUUGGAUAUUGAGAUUGCAGCUUACAGGAAACUCUUGGAAGGUGAGGAGACCCGGCUCAGUUUCACCAGCGUGGGAAGCAUCACCAGUGGCUACUCCCAGAGCUCCCAGGUCUUCGGCCGAUCUGCUUACGGCGGUUUACAGACCAGCUCCUACCUGAUGUCCGCCCGCUCCUUCCCAUCUUACUACACCAGCCACGUCCAGGAGGAGCAGAUUGAGGUGGAGGAAACCAUUGAGUCCGCGAAAGCCGAGGAAGCCAAGGAUGAGCCCCACUCCGAAGGAGAAGCCGAAGAGGAGGAGAAGGACAAGGAGGAGGGCGAGGAAGAGGAGGGAGCCGAAGAGGAAGAAGCUGCCAAGGAAGAAUCUGAAGAUGCAAAAGAAGAAGAAGAAGGAGGUGAAGGAGAAGAAGGGGAAGAAACCAAAGAAGCAGAAGAGGAGGAGAAAAAAGCAGAAGGUGCUGGGGAGGAACAAGCCACUAAGAAGAAAGAUUGAGCCCCGUUUCCUUAAUUAUUCCAGGAAUAAUUCUCCCGAAAUCAGGUCAACCCCAUCACCAACCAACCAGUUGAGUUCCAGAUCCUUUGUGAAUUUAAAAAGCCAAUAUAUGUAUAAUUCUGAGAUGACUUAGGUUGGACAUUCAAUGUUGUGCUAUGAAUUAUCUCUGCAGAGUCUCUAUUUGCUUGCAGAGCGGCUUUCUGGCUUGCUGCCAGCCUGUGCAUGGUCCUUGCUUAUGAGUUCAGGAUCUAUGGCAAUGUGAAUCAUUCAGAUGUUUACAAUAAAAAAAACACGAAUAAAUGAAUUCACUAAUGUUAAUGUUAAACUUCAUGGAAAAAAUAGUCCUUUGAAGCUUUGGUGGUUAGAAAUUAAAGACUUCGAGUUAUGUGCAAUAAAUAGUCAAUAAAGUUACACUGAAUGAAAUAUUUCUUGCUGUGGUUGUUGACUUAAUGAAAAUACCUUAAAGAUGGCAUCUAUAUAAACCAUAAAUACCUCCAAAAAUUGAUCUCCAUUUUUUAAGGUCAAAAUUAUAACAAUAUAUUUUUUUCUUCUUCAUUAGAAAUUCUGAAGGAUACAGUUAAGUUGUGGCUAUUCUUAAUCUCGUCCUGAAAAACUUUACUGAUAAUAAUCUUGAGUAAAUCAGAGAGCCUAUAAAUGAAAAUAUGCUCUGCCCUAUAAAAUAUACUAUAUUCCGUUGCAGGGUGGUUUUUUUGAAAGCAAUCCUGAAAUGAUGUGACAGAUACACCCUUUAUGGUAAAUAGGCCAUUUCAAACUAAUAUGUAAGAAUGCAACAUAGAUAGAAUAGGAAUCUCACGCAUUCAUCCCUAUUGCUGCAUUUUAAAAUACAGUCUAAAUAUCACGGGCAGAGGCUGAAACUGGAGCACGUGAUAGAACCAGAAAGAAUUCUUUUUUUUAAUCGAUGUAUGAUUUCUGGAGGAAAAGCUACCAAGCGUUAUUUGCUACCCUGCUGCAAACACGUUGCCUGAAGUCCUGAGCUCAUGAUUCACUGUGUUGUUAGCUUCAUUCUAUUGUCUCAAGGAAACAGCAUUGAAUGACACACUUUUUAGAACCUUUUAAAAACUACAGACACUAGCCAAGUUGUUAUCAGUCACUUAAAGGCGGAGAUCCUAUACUUGUAUGUUACACUGGCAUUGCUCUGCAUGUCUUUAUUGGGAAAUACUUGGAUUUCUACGAUAGCUUAACUGGUUGGGCAUUACAUCCAACACACACCCUGUCUGUCCUCCCUGUCCACUGUAAAGUUAUGAAUGCUCUUGCACUUGUGUAUGAUGUGGAAUAUAGAUGAAAUCAUGGACUGUCUGCUAUUCUGCUUCUGUUCUUAAACAAUUGCUUUGUCAGCUCAUUUCAUUCAAUAACGUAUUUGUUUUUAGACAGGUUUUCUAAGUUACGGAUUUAACUUGAAUCCAAAGUGGUCUCCAUGUAAAGUUAUUUGAUUCCCUUCGUACUGCCUAUUUCUAGUUAAAUAUGUGUUACUAUGCAAAUAGGUAAAAUAUUUCUUUACCCUGAUGAUAUGGAUUUGAACUAUGAAGGCUCUCAGUAUAUCAGCUUCUGUAAAGAUUAGGAGACUCCUCAGAAACCAGGCUUUUCACAUUAAUCCUUAUUAGGCAUGGAAUGAUGUACAUGGUAAAUUUCAGGUGGAUCGCAAACUACAUGUAAAAGUAACUUUAGCCAAAAUGGAAACAGCUGGUUAAUUUGAGGAUUACUUGGCUGAAAGUUAAGAAUACUGUACCAUACUCUCUCCUGUGUGCCAUAAUAAAAUACUAAAAAAAACUAAA